AUGAAUGCAGAUGUGCCGACAGAUGAGAAGAAUGGAUUCGAGGUCCCAUAUGUGUGCCAUAAUGUGCACGUUAUCUACUCAAGAGGCAUAUGGCACGGCGACAACCCUCUCGACUACACAGUUCCAUCUCUUAUGAUGCAAUUGUCUCUCAUCUCUGUCAUCACCCGGUGUGUCUAUUUCGCCCUCAAGCCCUUUGAUCAACCCUUGAUCGUUUCUCAGAUUCUUGGUGGCGUUGUCCUAGGUCCAUCUAUCCUUGGGCAAAAUGUGGCAUUUUCAACUAAAGUAUUUCCAAAAAAAGGCAGGAAUGUGAUUGAUACACUCUCAAUUUUUGGUUUCACGCUCUUUAUCUUCCUAAUUGGAGUGAAAAUGGAUCCAAGUAUGAUUUUGAGAUCUAGUAAAAAAGCUUUAGCUAUAGGAGUCUUGGGGUUUUUUAUUUCUUAUGGACUGGCCAGUUCUGUUGCCUUCCUUCUUGAUCAUUUCCUGUCUUUGGAUCAGGAGAUCUCGAGGGUGCUCCCUUUUGUAGUAACUAUGCAGUCCAUAUCUGCCUUCCCUGUUAUAGCCUGCUUUCUUGACGAGCUCAAGAUCCUAAAUUCAGAGAUUGGACAACUAGCCUCUUCAUCUUCAAUAAUUUGUGAUCUCUGUCAAUGGACUGUAAUGUCACUGAAGUUUGCUGCAAAGCUGGCUAUGGCAAAAUCAUUUAAGCUAACUGUGGGUUCGCUGGCUUCGGUUUCCCUCUACAUAGUAGUCAUUGUAUUUGCUAUUCGACCAGCGGCUCUGUGGGUAAUCAGACACACCCCCGAAGGGAGACCUGUAAAGGAGAUGUACAUAUUUGCGGUCCUUUUAGCUCUACUGUGCUGUGGAUUUAUUGGUGAAGUUCUUGGCCUGAGUUCCCUUUUGGCUUCUCUGGCCAUUGGCUUGGCAAUACCAGAUGGGCCACCUCUAGGAGCGGCACUAGUUGAGAGGCUAGACUGCUUUGUCUCUGUUCUGCUCAUGCCACUCUUUUUCACUCUCUGCGGGCUACAGAUGGAUGUUUUUGCGAUUACAAAACUGGAAAAUGCAGGUAUUGUGCAGUUAGUUGUUUUCGUUGCUUUUGUCGGGAAGAUUGUAGGGACAAUCUUGCCCCCUCUAUUCUGGAAAAUGCCAUUCCGAGAUGCCCUCUGUCUUGCCCUCAUCAUGAGCUCCAAAGGCAUUGUUGAACUUGCUUUGUUGAAUGAUUGGAAGCGCAAAGAGGUUUUGAAUGAAGAAUACUAUGCCAUUAUGAUUAUGUCAAUGGUGCUUAUAACUGGAGUGAUCUCUCCGCUUGUCAAAGUCCUUUACGAUCCUUCGAGAAGGUAUGUCGCUUUCAAGAGAAGGACCAUUUUUCACCUCAGACAACAGGAAGAACUUCGAGUCCUGGCCUGCGUCCAUGGCCAAGAAAAUGUACCAGCAAUCAUGACCCUUCUUCAGGCCUCCAUCUCCACCAGUAACGUCACCGUAAAUUUAGUCGUCCUCCACCUUAUCAAGCUCAUGGGCCGCUCUUCACCCCUUCUUGUAUCCCACCAUGAACGCGAGAAGCCUUCUCUAAACCCCACCUUAUCUGAACGCAUCUUCAACGCCUUCAAGAAGCUGGAAGAACAGAGCCCAGGCCGCCUCACCCUGCAAUACUACAAAGGCAUCACCCCCUACGAAACAAUGCAUAACGAUGUCUGCUCUCUGGCUCUAGAGAAGAGAACAAUUCUUGUCAUCAUACCCUUCCACAAGCAGUGGAUCCCGGGCCAAAGGGUGGAGACAACCUACGCCUUCAGGCACCUCAACAAGAACGUGCUUGAAAAGGCUCCAUGCUCUGUCGGGGUCCUCAUAGACCGAGGCAACAGAUCCAAGCCCCGGCAUGUCAUGGCCCACUCUUCUUCCUACCGAGUUGCAGUGCUGUUCUUCGGAGGAGCUGACGAUCGCGAAGCGCUAUCAUACGCGCAGCGCAUGGCGAGGCACCUCAGCGUGAUGCUGACGCUGAUUCGGUUCGCUUGCUCGUCGCCUUCGGCUCACAUUGUGGGGGGAACAGACCGCAGCAAGAUGCUGGACGCCAACAUCUUGAGCGACUUCAAGCACAAUACUGUUCAAGCCGGGCGAGUUUCAUACCGGGAGGAGGUGGUGGCGAGCGGAGCAAGCGUGGUUGAGGUGACCAAAUCGGUGCUGGAGAGGGAUUACCACCUGGUCAUGGUCGGCCGGCGGCACGGCCAGUCAGCCAUCAUGCUGCAGCUCCAGAAGUGGAGUGAGCUCGGAGAGUUGGGGCCGGUCGGUGAAAUACUGGCUUCGUCUGACUUUGCGUGCGGGGCAUCAGCGCUGGUGGUGCAGCAGCAGACCAAACUAUGGGGACUGCAGGACCCGGAGGAGUCUACACAUUUGAGGAAGAUUAGUUGUUAGGCUGUUUAAAUAUAUAUAUAUAUAUAUAUACACACACACAUUAAUUCAGAUAGUUGAUCGAGAAGAAGAUGAAUCAGACCGUGCAUCUUCUUGUUGAGCAAUUUAACGAGGAAGAUACUGGAAGGGAUAUGGUUAGGACUCGUCAAAGUAUUUGUAACCAAUUGGAAGAUGGGAGCAAAAUUUUGUGGGAGUUCAUCAGUGCACAAAUGUAGACUUUAAAAAUAAAUAAACAGAUAUAUUGAGAGGAAAAAAAAUGAUACGAUUGAAGAUAAGAUAAGGACAUAUCCGGAGCUAA